CAAUCAAGGUCAUUGUUACAUUGUUUCACCAAAUGGAGCCAGAGAUUGCAAUUUCAUCGAACAUUUUUAGAAUGUUACAAUAUUCGUAGGCAUAAAUGGCAACAUCGAUUUGCAGCGUUUACACACGCAUAAACUCGUUCUGCGCACAUUCCCUAUUGUCUGUCAUUCAACGUCUACGUCGAUGCUGUUUGAGAAUACGACUUGCAGGAUUAACUGUGCGUCUGUGUAGGUUUUUUGUGGGUCAUGGGGGAAAGAGCAGGACGUAAAUAAAGAGACACGCGUUAAUAAACACGGGUAAAGAUUUACUUUCGCACUUAGUAGCUUCGCUGUUUUCUUGAAUUGCCAGCUAUUUAUUAUCUUGUAAGCAGACAAUUAGGAGAAGAGGACAGUAGGAAGGUCUACAGUCAGUAGUAGUAGUAGGUGGUGGGCCCUAAUCGUACAGCAUCUGUUUGGGUCAGCAGAAAGAAAUCCUUAAAUCUAAACCCUAGUAUAGCUACUGGACCACCUGUGGACUGGGUACAGUGUUGUCUCCCCUUAUUUUAGCUCUAAGGUGGUCUGAUUGGAUACACCGCUGCCCGGUGUUGCCAUGGCGAUGCAGGAGCUGGUGGAGGGGGAGUGCGGGGGAGCCAAUCCCCUCAUGAAGUUGACGGGUCACAUGACCCAGGAGGGAGGUGCUUGGAGGCACAGGUCAACGCCAACUAUUCCCCCUACACCCAUUGAAAUAGCAACAGAAGAAGAGUUGGUGAAUGAGUUCAUGCAGCAGGCGCCUCCACGGCCCCCUCACAGCUUUGACAUGGGCCAGUUACUGGAGGAAAUGCAGCAGAUUGAUCAGCAGAGCUACAGACAGGCUCCACAGAGAGCUCCGGGUGUGGCCGCGUUGGCCCUGUCUGGUGAUUGGACGUCUGAGUUUCUGUCGGGAGCGGAUGCCGCCACCGCCUCUUCAGGGCAGGCGGGACUUGGAGACCCGGCUGACGCUGAUUGGACCAGAGAGUUCAUCACCGAUGGCACAGAUCCCGGGCGUUGGGCAGAGGAGUAUCUGGAGCAGUCAGAGGAGAAGCUAUGGCUCGGAGACCUGGGAGAGAGGGAGCAAGAAUGGACGAAAGAGUACCUACCAGGAGACGAACUGAAGCAAACAGCCAAUGAGCUGGUCGCAAAGGUCAAUGACCCCAAGUUACAGAACACUGAGUUCCUGCGGUUCAUUAGGCAGAUUGGCGAGGGCAGUGUCACAGUGGAGGACAGAGCAGGCAAACAGCACACAGAUAGAGCUCAGGCCAAGGAGGCUCAGAACUGGGCCUCCAACCUCAACCAGGUCUCAGUGGAGUCAGCGGAAUCAUGGGUAGAUGAGUUUGCCACAGCAGGUCCAGAUUUCCAGCAAGCUAAAGCUGCUGUGGAGAGCGAUGUGGACUUCUGGGAGAAGCUGCAGCAGGAGUGGGAGGAGAUGGCCAAGAGAGAUGCAGAAAGUCACCCCUGGCUCUCUGAUUUUGACCAGAUGCUCAGCAGCUCCUACGACAAGGGGUACCAGUUUGAGGAGGACAACCCGUACCUGUCCCACCAGGACCCCCUUGCUGAGGGGGUGAGGAGGAUGGAGGCAGGGGACAUCCCUGGGGCCGUGCGUCUAUUUGAGAGUGCCGUACAGAGAGAACCAGACAACCAGCUGGCAUGGCAAUAUCUGGGAACCUGUCAGGCAGAGAAUGAACAAGAGUUUGCAGCCAUCAGUGCCCUCCGCAGAUGCAUAGAGUUGAAGAAGGACAACCUGACCGCUCUGAUGGCUCUGGCUGUCAGUUUCACCAACGAAUCGCUGCACAGGCAGGCCUGUGAGACCCUUCGCGAUUGGCUGAGGCACAACCCCGCAUACCGGCCAGUCCUGGAGCAGAGUGAACGGGAGCGAGAGAAGGACAGAGGGACCAGAGAGAGGGAGAGAUUUGGCUCACUGCUGCCCGAAUCUUUGUUUACCGAGGUGCAGUCCCUGUUCCUCAGUGCGGCGAACUCUGAACCCGCCUGCGUCGACCCCCAGCUACAGUGUGGCCUGGGAGUCCUCUUCAAUCUGAGCGGGGAGUAUGACAAGGCCGUGGACUGUUUCACCGCAGCCCUCUCCGUCACACCACAGGACUAUCUGCUGUGGAACAAACUGGGCGCCACGCUGGCCAAUGGAAGCCGCUCAGAGGAGGCUGUUGCCGCCUAUAGGAGGGCGCUUGAACUGCAGCCAGGCUUCAUCCGCAGUCGGUACAACCUGGGAAUCAGCUGUGUCAACCUAGGAGCCCACAGAGAGGCCGUGGAGCACUUCCUGGAAGCCCUGUCCCUGCAGCGCCAGGCGUCGGGGGAGGGCGAGAAGGUCAGUGCCAGCCGGGGCCCGGGGAGCACCGCAGCCACCAUGAUGUCCGACAACAUCUGGUCCACCCUGCGCAUGGCCUUAAGCAUGAUGGGAGAGAGCUCGCUAGAUGUGGCGGCCGACCGGCGAGACCUCGACACGCUGCUCUCCUACUUCUGUCAGGCGGGGGGGGAAUGAAGGUGUGGGAGGGAGAGGGGCAGGAGGAGAGUUGAUAGUGUGUGUGUGCGCGCGCACUUAGGAGAGGAAGGUGUCUGGGAGAGGUAGAGAGAGAAAAGGAAGAGAGAGAGAGAGGUCCUGUCCACAAACAUCCCAUUAACCCUAUAGGCACUUCAUAUAAACCUGAAAUGAUUGGAUAAGUAUAAACAACAUGGAAGUAGCUCCUUUCGUAACAUUUCUGCCAUCUUAUAACUACCAGGGUUGGGGUCAGUUUACUUCCUGAAUUGAAAGGGAACUGACUCCAACCCUGAUACCUAUCCAAUCCUUUCAGGAAGAGAGGGAUGAUGAACUGUGACAAGGGGAGAGUAGGCCGAAAGGGAGGAGAGGUGAGAAGGACAUUUGAUGUGUCUUUCAGUAACCGAGGGAAAUGCACAGUGUACACCAGGUGUAUUGAAUACAUACUAUUUCUUCCCCUGAUCACUCUGACAUCACCUGGUUGCCAGUUGGUUCCUACUUUUUUCAUUAUCAUGUUUGGCACAAAGCAGAAACAGACUGGCACCCAGACUAGUUCACAGAUGUCUGGUUUGUUCCCCUCUGUCCUCAGCAACUGGCGCAGGGAUGUUCUUGUUGUGCCCCUCAUAAUCAGAGGCAUCGUCAUGCCCGUUGAAACUGAGGAGCCACUUGACUCCCUUAGUUUCAUACAGCCCUAUGAUCCAUUGGAUACUAGUGAAAAGUUUGCACCUUAGGUUUUCCAGAGGGAAUAAAACGGACAUGGUAGAGCAAAAUAUCAAGUUGAGAUGAAUGUUCCUGGAAUGUAUAGAGAAGAUCAUGUUUAUUUGGAGGACCUUUGUUUUUCGUGUUUUAUUCCCCCUUGAAAAUAAGAAGUUCAAAUGUUGUAAAGCUGGCUUACUGGUCCCGAAAUCAAUUGCUGAAGGUUAAAAAAGAGAUCAUUACAGUAAUAUAGAUAUUUGGCUUUGGAGCAGGGGUGCUGAACUCCGGUCCUUGAGGGCCACAGUGUCUUUAGUCCCCCCCCCAUAUUUUAUAGAGAUCGGAGAAUGAAUUAUACUCCUACUCAGUCCAAUCAAUGACAUAUCAAUCAAUGAAGUACUUGAGAGAAAUGAAAGACUGCUGACAUGAGUUGUACACACCAGAGUCGUAUUCACUAGUAGGAACCCAAUGGAAGCGAACGGGGAGGGACCUACCUACCUGAAUUUGUCCGACAAGAAACGCUUGUUUUCAUUUUCUGUUGUUACAGUGUGCAAUAAUGAAUGACUCAGCUUUGGACAGAGGAUGACAUCAGUGUAAAGGGGAUGGUAUACUGAAAGAGGUGUCUUUGGACUUCUUCCCUCCCUCAACCCUUAUUUCUUCAAACAAAUGCCCUUGUUGUAAAAUAAUUAGCUUAAUUGUAAAAUAAUGCUUUUUUGCCAUAUUGUCUGUACUAUAAUUAUUGUACUGUUUUCCAAAUAGUUAACCAUACUGUAAUGAUUAUUAAUGUGAUAUUCAGCAAUAAAGCUCUGACUCAUUGA